AUGGGCACGCUUGACAUCACCUUCAUCCAUAUAGCCAUAACCCUGCUCGUUUUUACCCACACCAAGAGCUCCACAGAGGCAUCUACCCACAGAAAUGAUACACUCAAGAGGUGCACAGCCCAUGAGCGGUCAGCUCUCCUCGCCUUCAGAGAUGGCCUUUCAGACCCUGCAAACCGCCUGUCAUCAUGGGGAGGCGAUAACUGUUGCGAAUGGAAGGGCGUCCAGUGCAGCAACACAACCGGUCAUGUUGUUAAGCUCGAUCUACAAGGCCCGGGCUGCGACGACAGUGUUUUGGGUAAGCAGGUGCUUGGAGGUAACAUAAGCUCCUCACUUGUUGGUUUGCAACACUUGCAGUAUCUGGACCUUAGCUGCAACCGGUUCAGCAUGGUGAAAAUACCCGAGUUCUUGGGCUCUUUACAUGAAUUGAGAUAUCUCGACCUAUCCAUGUCUAGCUUAGUUGGAAGGAUACCACCACACCUGGGUAAUCUCUCCAACUUGAGUUACUUGAAUCUUGAUUCCAGUUUUGGUGACACGCACUCCACGGAUAUCACCUGGCUGUCACGGUUAUCUUCCCUUGAGCACCUCGACAUGAGCUCGGUGAACCUCAGUACCAUCACGAACUGGGUUUCCGUGGUGAACAAGCUUCCAUCUCUUGUAAGUCUUGAUCUUUCUUUCUGUGACCUUAGCACCUGCCCGGAUUCUCUUUUGGACUCAAAUCUGACGUCUCUUGAAUCUCUCAGCAUUUCGGAUAACAGUUUCCACAAGCAUAUCGCACCCAACUGGUUUUGGUAUUUAACUAGCCUCAAGCAACUUGAUGUCUCAUUCAGUCAGUUGCAUGGUCCAUUUCCGUAUGAGUUAGGGAAUAUGACCUCCAUGCUGAGACUUGAUUUAUCAGCAAAUGACCUUGUGGGCAUGAUACCUUCAAACUUGAAAAAUCUUUGUAGUCUGGAGGAGUUAUUUUUGUUUUGGAACAACAUCAAUGGGAGUAUAGCAGAAUUCUUCAAACGAUUACCUAGUUGUUCAUGGAAUAAAUUGAAGACUUUGUUUCUACCCAUCAACAAUCUGACAGGAAACCUACCAGACAAAUUAGAACCCCUCAGAAAUUUGACACGACUUGAUCUCAGUGAUAACAAGCUCACUGGUCCUGUGCCACUGUGGGUAGGACAGCUCACAUAUCUAACUGACUUGGACCUAAGCUCCAACAACCUAGACGGUGACUUGCAUGAAUGGCAUUUGUCAGGCCUAGUAAACUUGGAGCGCUUGUCUCUGUCUGACAACUCCAUAGCCAUCAGAGUGAACUCGACUUGGGUUCCUCCCUUUAAUCUUACAGAGCUUGAACUUUCGUCAUGCGUCCUGGGGCCUAAAUUUCCAACUUGGCUCAGAUGGCAAACAAAUAUGUAUAAUCUCGAUAUCUCAAACACAAGCAUAUCUGACAUGGUUCCAGAUUGGUUCUGGACAAUGGCUUCCUCUGUUCAACGUCUGAACAUCAGAAGUAAUCAGAUUAGUGGCUCCCUAUCACCUAAAUUGGAACUUAUGAGAGCAUCUGCAAUGGAUCUAAGUUCUAACCAGUUCAGUGGUCCAAUACCUAAGCUUCCUAUUAAUCUAACGAUCUUGGACCUUAGUAGAAACAAUUUAUAUGGUCCACUGCCACGUAAUAAGCUCACUGGAUCGCUUCCGGAUUGCCUAGCCUAUGAAUACACAAUAAACAUGACAAGUUUGAGUAUUCGUAUUCUAAACUUAGGAAAUAACCACCUCUCCGGUGAAUUUCCAUUAUUUCUCCGAAACUGCCAGAAACUCAUAUUCCUUGAUCUGUUACAUAAUCAAUUCUUUGGGGCUUUACCGUCAUGGAUUGGGGAUAAGCUACCAUCUUUGGCAUUCUUGCGGCAUUAUACCAAAAUUUAUUGUCAACUGGAGGGGAUGACACAAACAGAAACAGGUGAAGAUCCACUGGCUACUGCUAUGGCAUUUGGUACAAAUGGAACGAUGGAAUAUAAUGAGCAGCUAUAUACAGUAGUCACAAAAGGUCAAGAGCAGCUAUAUACAGGAGAAAUAAUUGAUAUGGUGAAUCUGGAUUUAUCUUGUAACAAUCUUACUGGAGAGAUACCUGAAGAGAUCUGCACUCUCGUUGCACUGAAUAACUUCAACUUGUCAUGGAAUGCCUUAAGUGGAGAAAUUCCUAGAAAAAUCGGUGACUUGGCACAAGUAGAAUCCCUCGACCUAUCACACAAUGAGCUAUCCGGUGAAAUCCCCACAAGCUUAUCAGCUCUCACGUAUUUGAGCCACUUGAACCUGUCAUAUAACAAUCUAUCAGGGAAGAUACCAUCUGGAAAUCAGCUGCAAGUGCUCGAUGAUCAGGCAUCAAUCUAUGUCGGCAACCCAGGUCUCUGCGGUCCUCCUCUCACAAAGAAAUGUCCUGAAACUAACUUGAUCCCUGCUGCCCCAGAAGAUCAAAAGGAUGGAAGCGAUAAUGUUUUCCUUCUCCUCGGCAUGAGCUCCGGAUUUGUGAUAGGGCUCUGGACAGUCUUCUGCAUCCUCUUGUUCAAGGUGAAAUGGAGAAUUGUUUGCUUCACAUUCUAUGAUAAAUUGUAUGACUGGUUUUACGUGCAAGCAGCUGUUGGCUUGGCUUCUUUGACAAGAAAAACGGAUACCAGGAGCUGA